AUGCGGUACACAAGGCCACUCCUUGGGCUCUUUGCCGUGGCUUGUAGCUUGAGUGGACUGGCUUUGGCUCAGAUCAACCUUGGAGCCGCCAUCCCGUACGGUAUCAUUGCGAACACAGCCAUCACCAACACAGGAGCUACUGUCGUCAAUGGAAGGAUCGCCCUCGUCAACGACGCCACUUCGAUCACUGGAUUCCCGCCCGGACUCUCGAGUGGUGUCGAUGCAGGCAAUGCGGCCGCAGGACUGGCCCGUCAAGAUGCUCAGACAGCCUACGAUGCUGCGGCAGGCCAGAUACCUACCAGCCAAAGCGGAAGCGAACUUGGUGGUCUGUUCCUCGUACGAGGGACUUAUGCCAUCGCAUCCUCUGCGAGCAUCACCGGCACGCUUGUCCUUGACGGCGGCAAUGACGCAAACUCGCAGUUCAUCUUUCAGAUUGGAUCUACCUUGACCACAUCUGCUGCUGCGUCUGUUGUUCUUGUCAAUGGGGCGCAAGCUUGCAAUGUCUUCUGGCAGGUGUCUUCAUCAGCUACGCUAGGCACUGACACGGCCUUGUCCGGGAACAUUAUCGCUCUGACGUCGAUCUCACUGAGGGCUGGAGUGAAUGUUGAUGGAGGAUUGUACGCGCUGAAUGGGGCGGUGACCCUGAUUGGCGAUGUGGUCACAGCACAACAG